GCCGCCUGCGCUCCAUUCAUAAAAAAAAAAAAAAAGAAAAAAAACAGAAAGAAAAAAAAGGGGGAAAAAAAGGAGGAAGAAGGGAAAAAAAAAAAACCGCGGGAGCGCGCGCGGUGCCAGCCCCCCAUUCAUAAAAGGCAGCCGAGCAUGCGCGCUGGCGCCCCGGUGCCCACCCAUUCAUAGAGUCGGGAGGCCGCGCAUGCGCAGGAGGAGCCGCUACCCUCCCAUUCAUAAAAUAGCCAUUUUCCCAGGCAGCGGCGGUUGCAGCAUCGCGGCGGCCGCUGACAGCGCCGCGCUCGCAGGUCCCUUCCCGCAGCUCCAGCGGCUCCUGCCAGGAUUUUCCCAGGUCCGGCCCCCUCCUUCGCCUCGGAUUUAGGAUUAACUCGCCUAUGGAGAGAUGGUCUUAGCUGAAUUAUUUAAAAAUACUUAAGAACAGAUUUCUCACCGGUAAUCAGACUGCUUGAUCAAUGGAGCCCCGGAUUCCCCACAACAUCACCGUUGUCCCCAACUCUGUGAUGGUCCAGCCCUUGCUGGACAGUCGGAUCCCCUAUGGGCGCCUGCAGCAUCCGCUCACCAUCCUGCCAAUUGACCAAAUGAAGACCACUCAUAUAGAGAACGAUUACACUGACAACCCCACCGCUGCCCAGCUGGCAGCCCAGAAGCGUCCCCGAGGCCCCCAUGAACUGGUCCUGACCAACCAGCAUGCGCAGCGCUGUGACCAGGAUGUCACCCACCCCUGGAUCUCAUUCAGCGGGCGCCCCAGCUCCAUCAGCAGCAGCAGCAGCACUUCCUCAGACCAAAGGCUCUUGGACCACAUGGCCCCAGCACCCAUGGCGGAGCAGUCCUCUCCCAGAGCAGUUCGCAUCCAGCCCAAGGUGAUUAACUGCAAACCCCUGGACCUGAAGGAACCUGUGUCUCAGGAACUGGACAAGCACUUUCUGCUGUGCGAAGCCUGUGGGAAAUGCAAGUGUAAGGAGUGUGCGCUGCCCCGGACGCUGCCUUCGUGUUGGGUGUGCAACCAAGAGUGCCUCUGCUCAGCGCAGAACCUCGUCAACUACUCCACCUGCAUGUGUCUCGUCAAGGGCGUCUUCUACCACUGCACCAACGAGGACGACGAGGGCACAUGUGCUGACCACCCCUGCUCCUGCUCCCACUCAAACUGCUGUGCCCGCUGGUCCUUCAUGAGCGCCCUCUCCCUGGUGCUCCCUUGCUUGCUCUGCUACCUGCCAGCCACCGGCUGCGUCAAGCUGUCCCAGAGAUGCUACGACCAAGUGAGCCGGCCCGGAUGCAGAUGUAAAAACACAAACAGUGUCAUUUGCAAGGCACUGCCCGAGAGCAAAGGAAACAGGCCAGAAAAGCCCUUUUGAUAGUUUGGGAGGAUGGGGAGUGGGAGGACACUCCACAGUGGCCUUGGCUCUCUUUAAUAACCUGUGUUCUGAGGAUAACGUUAGUCUUUUGCCUUCGGAGAAAGCAGAAGCAACUAUUUCCACAAACUGAAGCACUUUGGGUUAUUCAGGGUUUUGGAACUGGUCAGAGUUUAAGUAGAUGGGGCCAAAGGAGGAAACUUAAUAAUGUAGAGUGAAGGCUGAAAACCUAUGUAUAUCGUGAAGUACAGCUGCUUAAAAACUCCUGGUUUGAACGGACGGCUGCUCACCAUGCCUGCACACCACAAGAACCAUUAACUGCUCGCUUGGCAGGCAUGGCUGCAUAAGCAAUACCCAUUCCUAGCUGCAAAAAGCUGCAUUGGAUUCGUAUCCAGGGUGGGCUUCUCGGUUUUGCUUUCCUUCCAAACUGAUUUGCUACCAGCAGCCUGUUGAUGGUGACGGGUUAAGUCCCUCUGCCCUCCCUCCCCACCUGCACCCUGUUAGAAGGGCCCAUUGCACACCAAGUGCAUGUUUCUCAACAGCUUUCCACGUCCCUCAAAGAUUUGGAACCACAAGGAAAGAUACGGUUCAUUUGUUUAAGGGCCUUUCACCAUUUAGGCAUGUUGCUCUCUCUGAACCCACCCGGCCGCAUCAAUUCAGACCCUCUUUGUAAAGCAAGACAAUAGCAGGGUGCUCCCUCCCCGGGAAGAACAGCAGCAGGAGGUGUUCAGGCAGUUGUACCAACACCGUGUCAUUCUGCCUGUAAGCUGAUCCAUAGGUUUCACUCAAUGGAAUAUUAAUUUUACACCAACAGUACAAACCCGCUCCAGGAGGAUGUUGGUUGAAUCCCAUUUCCCAGUGCACGUGCUUGCUCCCCGGUGCUGGAUCUUAACUUCUGCCACAAAGUGAAGACGUUCAGUGUUUCUUUCUCUAAACCUCUUAAGCUCUGUUGAGAAGUCACAAAAACCUAAGUGUACGAUACACCUAGGUGUAUUUUUAUAGGGAUAUCAAUCCAGUACCUCCUCUCCUGGAACAAGCUCCUCUUUGCUCAUUAAAUAUCAAGAUUUUUGAUUUUUGUGUCUUGGGGAUGAAUGGCAUUUGCUUGGAGUAGAGCCGUUCCCCAUCUCUAUUGCUGCUGUUUGACUUCUGCCUCCUCUGUACAAAAACGUGUCUUUUUAAAUGUACAGAAUGCUUUUCAUGUUUAUUUUCAUGUUAACAAACACUAGGGAAAGCCAGGGGAGGGAAGAGAGGCUAUUUAAAGAACGUGCCCAUGGUUUUCAGUAAGCGAAUAUCAUCGGCUUUGCCCGUGCACUCAUCCUAGGGCUGGUUCUGCAUUCCCUUAGGAUGCAGUAACUCCUGAAGAUGCAGUAACCCCUUUCUCUUGACAACUACAAGGUGCUAAAAAAAAAUCUCUGUCCAGACAUGCAACACUCAGAAGUGGGCAGGUACCUGUUGCAUGCAGAAAUCUAGUCUUUUUCUUUUUAAUUAGAGGAAGUUUCCUCAGUAAAUGCACAGCAGCGACAGCGAAAUGCCAUCUCCAAUUAGAUAAGCAAUAGGCAGAGCUCAUGUAGCAUUUCCAGGAAUCCCACUGACUUGGUUGCAAUACAGUUGCUGUGUAAGGGUUGGCAGGAAUGUACUGAUGGGACUUCUGGUGUCUUUUGGUUUUGGAAUUCAUUCAACCUGAUGUGUUGGGGUUUAGUUAAGCUUAAUUGUAGAUAUUUAUUGAAUGGGAGAUUUUAAAAAAGUCAAACUUCCUGUAUUUAUAACAUCUGCUAGCUUGUAUGUGAUAAAUCAUAGAAAAAGGGAUGCUACAUCUGUCACCAGAUACCAAUUCCUAUAGUUUAUCCUCAUGCUGACACCUCUGGGGACACCAGGAAGAAGGAAGCAGGUGGGGAUCCAGAACUGUAUUGAUUAUCUUGCACAAACUGGAGGGGAAGAGAGAAAAGGAAAACCAACCCCAGGCUAGCUGAACUGUUGGUUGAAUGUAUAAGAUAUUGUAUUUAAUAAGAGAAAUCAUUUUGCUGAGAUGCAAACAGACUAGAAAAUGCUGCCCUCCUCUAUUGGGACCAUACAGUAUCCAAAUGGCCUCCACCGGUGGUUGUUUUGCCUUUUUGACCCUCUGUCCCUGGCUGUUCCUGGGGGACCUGUGCUGAAAACCUGCAAUAGCAAAGCCCAUGGCUUAGAUGCAUGGUCCUUGCAAGCAAACACAACGCUGGAGUGGUCGCCACUGUGCCAAUCUACACUCAUGUACAUACACCCAGCAAUCCCGUAUGGAUUUACGUUCAUUGUACAUAGUUGUAAACUAUUUCUCUGUUGGUUUCUUUUAAUGUGUAAGUCCUGUAAGCCGGCCCCAUGCUGGAAGACUGUAAAGCAUUAGUGGAUGUGUUAGAGCAGUGGUAAAUGUAGCAGAGCGACCCUCCCUCUUCUCCUCGGCCUCCCAGCCCCGUGGUCAGGCCCUGCUCCUUCAGCUCAUAGUCCAAGGCAAGGCAAGGAAGGAUGAGCUCCUUACAGAGCACUCGGAAAGGUUCGGGGUCAGCCAAGGCGGGGGCUCUGCUGGAGGGUACGUCUCCAGUCAAGGAUUCUUUAUUCCCUCUCUUCCCUCAUCCCAACGCCUCCUUUCUCCCCCAUCCCCUUUUAAGGUACUUGGGUCUCCUGCCACGCCCUGAGACGUACCAUGGGCACCGUGCAACCCCAGCUCUGGCCAUCCUCCUGCAGGUUGGGUCCCCCCUUGCAGGCUGAGGAACAGCUACUAAUGAGCACAAACCUUGUCACAAUGCUUUCGGCCUCCGGCUGCGUCAGUGCGGUGGGAUGACAAAGGCAAGUGGGGAGGUGAGGGCAGGUUCCCACGGGACAGGCACUGCGCCACUGCAGAGCAGCUCAGGAGGAAGAGGAGGAUGGCAGGGCACUUAGGCUUUAUCACCUUGACCUCCUCAUUGCUCUACCAGGUUCACUGCCAGGUUUUGUCCCCUGCCCACACACGGAAGCAAAAAGGGGUGACUUUAUGGACAAUGCCACAUCACAUUCCUGGCUGGAGCUCAUUGUCAGCAGAGUGGCUUCAACAGACAGACAGACCAUCACUGCACCCUCCAGCGCAGCGCUGCUACAAGGAGUAGCUACUAAAUUCAACACCAUUGCUCCCCAGGCACUGGCUUUCCCACUGGACAAACCCUCACCCUUUCCCAGCAUUGGGCAUUCCCCUUCCCCUCUUACGCUGAUAAAGGUUCCCCCUUCUCCUGUUACCACCCCACCACAUAUACACCCUGAGAAGUUACCACAGAAGGUUUUCUUUGUAUAGAAUAUUUAUUUUGAAGCUCUAUUUUAAUAGUAUUUAUUUUAGAAAGUCUACUAUUGUAAGAGUUCUUCUGUUUGUGAAGAAAAACAAGUACUGAUGAAUGUACUGAUCUAGAAAUUAUAUAUAUAUAUAAAUAUAUAUUGUUAAAUAU